AUUAAAUGAUAUUACACAAAGAAGGUUGUAACCGGGCGCAUUAUGGCAGGGUGCUUGUUAAAUUAACAUCACUUGGGAUCACCGAGAUCAUUUUUCACUCCUGUUGACCCGUAGUGGGGCGUGACAUUGAGAUGUUCAGUUUACGACCCUCCUGGACUCGUGACCAUGACAAACGGCGGGCUAUUAAUGCGAUCGGUCGCCAAGCGCAAAUCCCAAGUGGCGCGCAAAGGGCGUCUCGUGAGCGGAGAAGCGCGCAACAUCACGCGCACACCUAUAUAGGAGAGCGUGGCACCGCCUCUUCUCUCAUCCACGGAGAAGCAGUCGGUGCGCUCGGUCCCGAGUAAAUCAGUUGCGUGGGGAAAGCGGACCAAGUAGGGCGUGAACGCACACAAAAGAGCCACGAAUAACGGGAUAGACGCCAGUAAAACGAAUUUGUACUACUCAAACCUUACAGGACUCCAUUCAGCAUCCAACAGCGCCGAGAUGAACACCUUGAUACCGUUCGGACCGGGACCGUUAGAGGAGAUAACAAUGAUAGUUAUGAUGGUGAUGCACGAGGCGCUCACGGGCAGCGAUGCUCGCCGUUCCGGUUCCCCGGUGGCUUUUGUAGAAUAAUGAGAGUUUGGGUCCAAGCGCAAAGAUGUCGGUGCCUUUGCUGAAGAUCGGUGUGGUGCUCAGCACCAUGGCAAUGAUCACCAACUGGAUGUCCCAGACUCUGCCAUCACUGGUGGGGCUGAACACCACCAAACUCACCGCAGCGCAGAGCGGCUAUCCAGAUCGGAGUAUAGGAGUUUUACCUGCUAAUCCAGAAGAGUCCUGGCAGGUGUACAGUUCGGCACAGGACAGCGAGGGCAGAUGUGUGUGCACGGUGGUCGCACCUCAACAGACCAUGUGCUCGAGAGAUGCCCGCACCAAACAACUCCGACAGCUACUGGAGAAGGUGCAAAACAUGACGCAAUCAAUCCAAGUAUUGGACCAGCGGACCCAGAGGGACCUGCAGUAUGUGGUGAAGAUGGAAGAUCAACUCCGUGGCCUGGAGACCAAAUUCAAACAGGUGGAAGAAAACCACAAACAAAACAUCGCCAAGCAAUACAAGGCCAUAAAAGCAAAAAUGGCAGAGCUGCGGCCGCUAAUUCCCGUUUUGGAGGAGUACAAAGCCGACGCCCGGCUGGUUCAGCAGUUUAAAGAGGAGGUGCAGAACCUGACGUCCAGCCUGAACCUCCUCCAGCAGGAGAUGGGAGCGUAUGACUACGAUGACCUCCACUUGCGUGUGGUAAACCUGGAGGAGAGGCUGCGUGCAUGCAUGCAAAAGCUUGCAUGUGGGAAGCUUACCGGCAUUAGUGAUGCGAUCACCAUUAAAGCAUCCGGCUCCCGGUUCGGAUCCUGGAUGACAGACCCACUUGCUCCUGAAGGAGACACAAGGGUGUGGUACAUGGACGGUUACCAUAACAACCGCUUUGUCCGGGAAUAUAAAUCUUUGGCAGACUUCAUGACGUCGGAUAAUUUCACCUCUCAUCGGCUGCCCCACCCCUGGUCUGGAACAGGUCAGGUGGUCUACAACGGCUCCAUCUACUUCAACAAAUUCCAGAGUAACACAAUCAUAAAAUUCGACUUCAAGACCUCCACUAUCAGCAGGUCACAGCGUCUGGACAACGCCGGCUUCAGCAACACCUACCACUACGCCUGGGGCGGUCACUCGGACAUCGAUCUCAUGGUGGACGAGGGAGGUCUGUGGGCUGUGUACGCCACCAAUCAGAACGCGGGAAAUAUUGUCAUCAGCAAGCUCCACCCGAUUACCCUGCACAUCAUACAGUCCUGGACGACCAAUCACCCGAGGCGCAGCGCCGGAGAGUCAUUCAUGAUUUGCGGAACGUUGUACGUAACCAACGGCUAUUCGGGACCGACAAAAGUCUACUACGCGUACCACACCAACUCCUCGACGUACGAGUACAUCGAUAUCGUUCUGCAGAACAAAUACGCCCACAUAUCCAUGCUGGACUACAAUCCGCGAGAUCGCGCGCUGUACGGCUGGAACAAUGGACAUCAGGUCCUCUACAACGUCACGCUUUUCCAUCUCAUCCGCUCGGAGCAGUUAUAACCGUGGAGACUUGGAAAUUGGAAAACUAUCAAUGGUGGAUUGGAUUGAUACUUUGGAAUUAAGUUAAAGGAACCUGAAAAGAGACCUCAACUUUCCCAAGACGAUCCUUCGGAAUGUUCUUUCAUAGAUUAAAUGUUAUGCUGAAUAAAAAACAAAAGUUAUAGACAUGUGUAUGACCGAAUCUAAACCAUGAACAGAUGCCAAAAAUAACAACAAAUACAUAAUGCCACGCCUUUCUUUUUUACAUACAGUAAGAACGUCUCUCUUUGUAAAAAACUAUUUCCAGUAGCACCAAAAAGAUGUCCGUCCAUGCUUUCUUGCAUAACAGUGAAGGAUGGGCACAAUGGAGUUAUUCACUAACAGUCAAAAUGGAAAAUUAAAUUCGUUCCUCAUUAACCGAGUGUGUGCAGGAAUAUCGUUGGUGCUUCUUUCAUCGAACUAACACGGACAGCUAUCAGUCUGUCCGAUAUCACAGUCAAACUUAUGUGUGCUUUGCAGAGCUAACAUCUUUAGAUAAUGAAUAUUAAAUAAAAAGUGAUUGCCUGAAGGCGCUGACUGUUGAAAGCUCUGUUGUUGUUGUUGUUGUUCAAAGGACUUUCCUGAGAUUUUACUUGAACUUCUCUGUGAUUAACAUCUCUAUACACGACCACGUGGUCACUCCAUGUCAUGAUAUUUUAUGAUGACCUACUGUAUGUAGCAACUAAGAUCAGACCAAAGCGUGCUAUUGAAGUCAAUAUGAAAUCAUGAAACCCAAAGUCAUUUUCUAUGGAGUCCUACGGGGACGUGAGUAAAAAAUUUAAUAAAGUUUAGUUCCGCGUGCACACGUGAAACUAUCGCGUGGGCACGUGAAACUUACGCUUUCACAUGUGUAUGCGACAGUUUGUGCUCACGCAAAACCUUCAUGUGCAGAAUUUUUUUUCUUUACAUUUCGCGUUCGCACAUGAAACUGAAAGUUUAGUUUUGCGUGCGCACGUAAAACUAUUGGGUACGCAUGCAAAACUAAACUUAAAAAAAACUUUUGCUUUCACAUGCGCACGCGAAAGUUUCAUGUGCGCAUGCGAAAUUAAAAGAAAAAAAAUUCUGCACAUGAAGGUUUUGCGUGAGCACAUGAAACUAAACUUUAGAUUUUUUUACUCCAAUGUCACCUUAGGGGCUCUGUAAAUUUCAAUGUCCCCGUGAACUUUAGGAAAUAUGUCCGAAUUUUUGCGUAUUUCCGCAUGAAACGAAAUAUCACACAAAAAAAUGGCGUGACGUGUUUUCCGCUGUGAAUUGAUUGGAUAUAGAAAAGUGUGCGUUUCAUUUAGAAUUGGAUCUCGCAGCAGACUGACAAGUUGGAGGGGGCGGGGUUAACAGAUGCUCUGCCCAAGCCAUCUAGCUGACAUCAUCAGAGAAGGGCCACCACAAGAGGGCGGAAGUACAUUUUCAGAUCUUGAUUAUUUUAUGAGGGCACAUUCAUAAAAAAAUGGUCCAGACAAAUAAAUUGUUUGAAAUGAACAUUGCAAUAUUCUAUUACAAAAUAAGAAUUGUCAGUUUUGAUUUCAUGGGGAAUUUAAAAUAUUUACUUCUCUUAAUAUUUUCUAAAAUAAGUUUCCUUUUUGGCAGAUGCCAUGAAUUCCGCAAAUUUUUCCAACCCCUUCAACCAGAAUUCCUAGUGAAUAAAUUCAGCCCCCCAGCAUUUCAUAUUGACUUUAAAUAUUCUGUGGUGAGAAUUUCACCCAUUUAGGAAAUGAUCCACUGUUUGUACAUAGACUUGAAUCGUACAAGCCGUUUAACAGAUGUGUGAGAUAUUUCUGACAGAGAGUUCAGGUAAAAUCAAAUUUUUGUCUUUGUGUUGGUGAUAGUGAAAUGUUUUUUCUUUGCAUGAACAGUUUCGACAUGCGCUCAAAGGAAUGUUGACCUCUAUGAUGCUGUAUAUGACUGAUGCAGGAUCAGGGCUGUGGGUGGGGAGGGGGUUAAACAGGCAAAGAGAUUUGUGUUGGGUUGGUAGUUUCUAAAAAAAAAUGCUUGAUUGGAUCUUGUCUGUUUUGAGUAGCUUAUUUCUAAACUCCCAUUUUUGAUUUUUGUAGAUUUAUAGUUUGAUGUAUUUUUGUAAUAUAAAACCGUAUGCUUGAGUGAAUUUUCAAUGUCCUUGUUUUAGUUUGAUGGCACUAGAAAAGCAUUUCUCUAACAAAUAAAAAAAAAACAUUAUGAUAUCAGAAUGUAAACACUUUACAAUAAGGUUGUAUUUGUUAACAAGAAUUUACAAUGAGCAAUAUUUAGAUUUACAUUUAGGCAUUUUGCAGAUGCUUUUAUCCAAAGUGAAUAGUGCAUUACAAGGUAUACAUUUUUAUCAGUAUGCUCAUUCCCUGCGCUUAAGACCUUUUACGCUGCUAACGCAAGGCUCUCGGGCUGUCAAAAGAUUAAAAAAUAAAAGUUUUUGUUUACAUAAUAUUUGUGUGUAAUUAUUAUGUAUAUAUAAAUACACACAUAUGUAUAAAUUUAAGAAAAAAAUUAUUUAUGUAUAUUUUUAUUUAUUUAUAUAUAAUAUAUCAAAAUCUGAAUAUAUAUAUAUAUAUAUAUAUAUAUAUAUAUAUAUAUAUAUAUAUAUAUAUAUAUAUAUAUAUAUAUAUAUAUAUAUAUAUAUAUAUAUACACACACAAAAUAAUUAAUUAAAUAAUUAAAUAAUAAUUAAAUGCACACACAUUUAUUAAAUGCUAGCAAAGUAUUUUUCUUUGUUAGUUCAUGUUAGCAAAUGUAUUAUCUACUGUUAACAAAUACAACCUCAUUGUAAAGUAUUACCAACAUCUCUAAGAGAAUUUAGAGGGCAGCAAAAAUAUGAUCAUGAAAAUGUGAUGCAGGCAUUGUAAUAAGCUCAAACUGUCUUAUAAAGCGAAUUAGUGAAAGGCUAAUAUCACCUUUUAUUCUUUUUGCGCUUAGCUGGAUGUGUGUUGUGUCUGUAAAUCGAUGAUUCUUACCAAUAAACAAAGGAUCUAUCCUAAUGUCAUCCUUAA